UUGUACGCAGGUUUAAUUGUGACGAAUAUUUUUAUCUUCUCGGCCACGCUACGACCACUUGUACAUUGGGAUCGCCUUAUAACGCAAUGUGGUCGAAUAUCAAACCAUCUUGCAUACGAAGAACAUGCGACGAGGCCCCGGUUGGGAGGUUCACAUUCGUCCAAUGCACGGACAGCAAGAACCUUGGAUCAGUUUGUACAUACAAGUGUUUAACCCAUCAUAGACUAGUGGGGCCCGCGUCUACACAAUGUAUCGACGAUGGCGGAGACUUAGUUUGGGAUUCUGCGGCGCCUAACUGCGAACAUAUUGAAUGUCCCGAACUUGGAACGAUAGAAAAUGGAAACGUGAUUUGUCCUCUAAGUACAAACUAUGUGAACGCUGUUUGUUAUUUCACUUGCAAUGAUGAGUUUCGAAUAGAACCAGAUACCAGUCUAACUACUUGCCAGAAUGAUUCGACGUGGACGGAUGCUAAACCUACAUGCUUACCCAUAACAUGCAGCAUGUUACCUUCAAUACAACACGGAGAUGCAAGUUGCACAAACUUCAACCUCUUACACAGCGUGUGUACAUUCACAUGCGAUGAUGAACACAUGCUGCGUGGAAGCGACAGCACAACGUGUGGGGUGAAUCAAAUGUGGUCGAAUCUUCCCCCAACGUGCGAGAAACUUAACUGCCCCCGUAUUAAUGCACCGCAGAACGGGAGCAUUAGUUGUACAGAGGAAAACGAUAUAAACAGCAUAUGCACGUAAGAGGACAUUUUGUUUUG